CUGCUCUCUUCCUCGGGUUCCCUUUCCCUCCCUUCUCUCAUUGGCCUUUAACUUCUUUCAACAUUCAUUCAUUCAUUCAACCUAUUCAAUUUUUCAACCUCAUUUAUUACUCUCUUCACUCUUCACUCUCCACUCUCCACUCUCCACUCUUCUUCUUCUUCUUUAUCCUCAUCCUUCUCCCUUUUCCUUCUAUUCUCUUCUUUCUCUUCCUUAGCUUGCUUUUAUCUGUUCCUCUUUUUUCAUCAGUUUAAACACUUUCACUCAAAUUAAAAAAGAAACCAAAAAGAAAUUAAACACAAAAACAUCUUUAUUCUUAUAUAUAUUCCCUUCCUUUACAUAUAUACUCUUCACACAUAUAAACACUUUCUUUUCACAACAUGGGGCUCUCCGAGAAGGCGGCGCAAGUAGACGGAGGAUUCGACUCAGAUCACAGUAACAGAAAAUGGGUCAUCGCUGGAAUCUCUUUGCGUGCACCAUUGAAGCCAAUAAACACCACUACUACUACUACUACCCUUGACAUUGACAGGGAUCAGAAAGAAGAAGAAGAAGAAGCAGAGGAUGAGUGUACAACAACCCCAACAAGUGUUGAAUCAAGAAUCCCAACAAUAUUAACGUGCCCACCUGCUCCAAAGAAGAAGCGAAAACCUUCUUCAAAGUGCAAUAAUUUCCGUGGUGUUGCUGUUAUCAGAGAGUUCUUCAACCCACCUGACUUAGAAACCGUCUUCAUCCGCCAUGUUAGUUGAGAUUCUCAUCAUCAAUCUUAGACCUACCUACCUACCAUUUCAUUCUGUUAUGUCUACCUUAGUCCUAACUAGAGGAUCGGUAGCUCAGAGCGAGAUUAGGACUAUUCUGUAUAGGGAAAACAAAUUAAUUAAUAAAAAUUGUAUCUUAAUUAAUUAACUGUCA